CUCUGAUAGAAAAAGAUUAAUUUAUAGAGACACCACGGAUAUAGACACGUUCCAUCGGAAAAAAAUGUGUCGUCUCGCAAUGCUUUGCGCUUCUUACUUCUUUUCUUUGUUUAUUUAAUUACCGAUUUGCAUUUUACAUUAUUGCCUUUCUUCACUUUAUUGUAUGAAAAAGACUAUCGUUACAGGUGGCGCAGAGUCCUUCCGAUCGCGAUUUAACUGACGUCGCACUCUGACAAAAACAAAAGUUAACGCUAAAAUAAGAAGCAAGGAAAAACCGAAUAUCAUAAGCUACCUACGAAAACGUCUGCUGAGAAAUGUAUUUUCGUUUCCUCAUUAAAUUGCCUAUCCGUUUCAGCCUAUCAGUUUCCAAAUCCGCGCGUCAGCGGAAUACAAUAGCGCACUGGGUUGACGUUUCUUGUUGUCACGGAGAAUUGUCUCUGCCUUGCAAUAUGAACUCUAUCGAGCGGAAGUUAUUAUAACCAGACCCAGGACAGCAAAGAACGUCUGGAACAAGCAAUGACGUCGCUGGGUUCUAAGGCUAGAUUGUCAUUUGAACUUCAACUAUCAUUAAGCUCUGCAGAGAGAAUUGAUGUUCCUUUCGAUAGAAAGUAGUUAUGGUUUAUUCUGAAGGAGGAAAGCGAUAGAAAGGUAAGUGAUAUAGCUUGUUCUUACACCAGACAUCCGUAUUACGUGAGCGAUUAUAGAAACUUACCCUACUCGUAGACGAGCUUAAGAAGCAACAUUUUAGAGAUCUCUUUUUGUUAGCGAUAGUGUUCAAAUGACAUAGUUUUAGUUCAAGGGUUUUCUGAACUUAGUGCUUAAUUUACAAGAAAGAUUAAACAUCUUGUCUCAUUCUCAAAGAAAAAGUGGUAGUAUUCAGAACUCGGAAAUGGCUUAUUUGUGAUGUAAAAUCUUCAACACGUACAUAGAUACUCUUAUUCUAUGAAAACCUUUUUGUAAAGCUGUGAUGAAGGAAAAUUUAACGAACGCUAUUGGAGAGAAUUUUAGGAACAACGUUAAUUUGCCUACCUUUACCCUUUUUUUUUAAAUUUUCUUCAAGUGACUAAUGGUGCACGUGCACGUGCACGUGCACGCAACACUUACACUUCCAACUCGCACGUGAAUCAAACUAGUUAUAUAACAGGGGGUAAGUUUUUAACGUUUCUAAGGCUUCUUUUUCGCCGAACAUUUUUUCUUGGCUUGACACAAUAAGUAAUUAAAACGACUGAGAAUAACAGGUAAAAAAAAGUGUUCAACUGAAACUGUACCACUAAACUAAGCUUAAUUCCCUUGACAAUUUCGAUGUACAACUACUGAUAACUUUAGCCCUUUCAUCUUAGUAGUGAAUGAAAAUUUUUCUGUGUUGAUGUCAGAUAUAUCAACUCAAGAAAUGAUUUCUUUGUAGUGCAUUGAGAAAACAAUCAUGGUGGCCUCACAUGAUCAAGAUUGCGGCCAAGAAAGUCAAAAGCUUUUGGAAAAAGAACCUAAAUGCCGUUCCGACAGUUGUUGGUCAUGGUUAGUGUGUGUGGCUUCGACAAUCAUAGUUAUAAUUGUAUCGGGUAUCAUGUACAGCUUUGGCUUGCUCCUGCCUCCUCUGAUGGAGAACUUUGGAGCGUCCAGGCAAUCUACAGCCUGGAUCGGAUCGUUAAACCUCGGCUUUGGUUAUGUCUCGAGUCCUCUGGGUUCUCUUAUCAGCGAUCGUUUUAGCCACAGGGUCACUGCCAUCGUGGGUGCCCUAGCAGGGAUCACUGGAUUUUCUCUUGCGUCUUUGUCUCCUAAACUGUGGAUGAUGUACCCUACGUAUGGACUCUUGUCAGGCUUUGGCCAUCGAAUGAUUUACAACGCUUGUAUGGUAGCCAUCGUGGACUACUUCGUCAAACGGCUUUCUUUAGCCGUUGGUAUAAUGGCAUCCGCGUCAGCCAUAGGCAUGCUUGUUAUUACUCAAGUCACCCAAGGCUUGCUGGAUACAAUUGGAUGGCAGGGCACGCUAAGAGGAUUUGCAGGUUUCUAUUUGCUAUGCGGUUUGUGUUCGCUGGUGUUUGUACCUGUGGACCGCUCAAAUAACAACAAGGGUAGCAUGGUUGCAGAUAAGAAAGCAGAGGAAAAAGGAGAUUUAUCUCUUUUAAGAAAUCGUCCUUUUCUUGUGCUGUUAUCUUCGUUCAUGGUUGUUAAUUUGAGCUUCUAUGUUCCAACCGUACACAUUAUUAAGCACUGCGAACAGGAACUAAACAUUUCUGGAGACAAAGCGUCUAUGCUCUUCAUAUAUUUGGCGAUAGCAUCCUUCUUCAGUCGUCAUUUCUUCUGCAAACUUGGAGAGUUUCGUCGACACUUCAACAGAUUCCAUUUAUACCAGGGAGGUAUGACAAUCAGCGGAUUGUGUGUCAUAUUUCUUCCAUCAGCAGCGUCAUAUGGAUCAGUGAUAGCGAUUUUCAUAGUGAUCGGCUUCAUGGAAGGAUCCUCAAUGGGGCAGAUCUCUCUCCUACUUUUAAAAUGCGUCAAACAAAGCCAAUUCAAUCAAGCUUGGGGCUACUUGAGUUUCUUCAUAGGCGUUACGGUAUCCAUUGGACCCCCAUUGGCCGGUAUGAUGGCUGACAAGCUUGGCUCAUACGCCAUCCCAUUUUACAGUGCGGGUGCGGUGCUGAUAGCGGGUGCGUCGAUCAUAUCACUGAUGCCGUGCGUAAAACAACAAACUGACUCCGAAGAAGAAGAAGAAGAGGUGCAAUUCGUCAAAGAAGAAUUUUUAGUAACUGAAAGAAUAACUGCACUUUAGGUUACAUGGUGGAGAAAACAGGCGAAAGAGCGAAUAAACCUUAAUUGAUGACGAUGAUGAUGAGGGUAGUGAAAAAAGCUUUUUCUUGUGACACAUGAUUACACUGCCGCCCUUUGUUGGCAAAGACAAACAGUAGGGAGAAUAUACAUGGAAUAAUCAUUAGAGUAAUGACAAACUGCUGUGAUUUCUUAUCAUCUCAGGAAAAAGAAUAGAUACUUUUCGUCUAAGUAAACUGAUUGAACGACCGGUUAUAGAGCACGAUUCCGCAUGUGUGCGAACCGCAUGUGUUUAAGUCUCCACGUUGUCUUCGUGGCUUUAAUCCGCUCCAAAAAAUACAUUUUUAAGGGAAGAGACCUUGUAUCAAUAAACAGCGGGAAAUGAUCCUGAAUGAAAUUUUUA